UGUCAUUGUCAUUGCACUGCUGUGCAAAAAAUGUUUACUGAUAUUACAAUAAACUACUGGGCUGUGGAUUACCAGAGGAAAAACAUUCUUCUGGUCUGAAGAGGCAAGGCAUGAUCAGGUAUUUUUGCUGCUAUUUGUAUGCCAGCUUUAUUUUAUUCAAGAUAUUCACUUAAGGAUAUGUAACCAACAGGCAAAGAUUUCACAGUAAUUUUUAAAAAUCAAAGAAAAUCUGAAGAAUUCAUGGGAUGAGGGAUACAUUUUGUACCUUUCAAGUCAUGUUGAUGCAUAGUUUACAUGCUGGGAAAUUCUGCAAACAGCAAAUGCUCAGAACAUAUAGAUUUGGUUGAAAGACCUGAACUACUACUGCAAGAUGAGCUGCACUGACACAGAAGGAGAUGAAAGUACUGAACUGGAAUGUAAAAUCUGUUACCAAAGGUACAAUGGCCAUAGCCGAAAGCCGAAGAUACUGGACUGUUUACACAGAAUAUGUGCAAGGUGUCUAAACAAAAUCCUAGAUACCAACGAUAGCUCCCACUGCAUGAGCUGUCCUUUCUGUCGCCAAGAGACAGAGAUCCACAAUGCUGACAUUGAAAGUCUUCCUAAUGACACAAACAUCAUGUGCAAACUUACAGCAAGGGACAGAGCAACACGGAAUUCAGGUUGCAAAGAGAUAGUUUUAACACCAAAGAACUUGACUUCAUCCAAUUCAACCCUCAAUUCUUCUAACUGCUUAGUAAUUAACAUAAGGGAAGUUCAAAGGAAUUCUCCAAGGCGGCAUACCACCUCUGAUUACCAUGCAGAUCACAGUCUUGACACCAUGUCCAUUACAUCCCAAAGUAGAAUUGAUCAAGAUGUGUUCUCUAAAAUUUGCAACCGUGUGCCAAGGAUACUAGUGUGGCUGCUAGGUUUCUUCUAUUUCAGCUCACUGCCACUUGGAAUUUAUCUUUUGGUAAUCCAAAAAGUGACUCUUGGUAUUAUUUGUGUCAGUCUUGUUCCUUCCAGUUUGACGGUUUGCUUGGUUUAUGGUUUUUGUCAGUGCCUCUGUCAAGGUAUAUGUGAUUGCUCAUCAAGAAACUAA